AUGGCUAAUCAGAAGGGCGAAAUACAUUUAGAUAUGGAGAAACCUGCCACUGCCAGUGUACAACGUUCAAUCUCAUCAAUAGGAGUUGUCCAUCAUUGGAAGAAAAAAUCUGAUAACUGGGCCAAACUAAGGAACAUUGUUGUACAUGAACAAAAUCAUGCUCAACCAAAGAGAUUCUUUCCAGAAUGGAACACCGUAUUUAUAGUAUCAUGUGUGUUGGCUGUCUCACUGGAUCCUUUGUUCUUAUAUAUUCCUAUCGUUAACGAGGAUAGGAAGUGCCUCAAAUACGACAAAAGGUUGAAGGCAAUAUCUUUUGGUCUACGAUUAUUAGCAGAUCUCUUCUAUAUGGCCGAUGUGGUGUAUCGAAUUUUAACUAGACCUAAAGUAAAGGAGGCAGUUACUUUGAAAGCAAGUAAUAACUCCGUGAAUUCACGGAGGACUUUGCAAUUUUACAUCCUACUUGAUAUUUUAGCUGUUCUGCCCGUCCCACAGGUAGUAAUUUCCAUUUUCCUUUUGAAAAUGAGGGGCUCAAGAUCAUUGAAAACAAUGAAGUUUCUAAAUUCUCUUGUUUUGUUGCAAUAUGUCCCACGAGUUCUUCCCAUCUAUCUAUUGUGUCAUGAACGUGAGAAGACUCGUAAGAAGGCAGGCGUAAUAGGAGCCCUUUGGUAUAUUUUUGCUAUUCAACGAGAGAUAGCUUGCUGGCAAUAUGCAUGUCAAAGUGAAAAUGGAUGUGAACCAAAUACUUUUCGUUGUGAUGACACUUCAGUCAGUAAUGUCACAGUUUUAAAUGAAUUAUGCCCUAUAAAUCCACCAAAUGCAACUCUUUUCAAUUUCGGUAUAUUUGUUCAUGCCCUUCAGUACAGCGUGAUACAGUCGACAAAAUUUUCAGAGAGGUUUUUGAAUUGCUUUUGGUGGGGUCUACGACAUCUAAGUUCUUUUGGUCAAAACCUUGAGACUAGCACCUACGCAUGGGAAAACCUAUUUGCAGUUUUUAUUUCUAUAAUUGGUCUCCUACUAUUUUUAUAUCUCAUUGGAAAUUUACAGACAUACAUGCAGUUUUCAACCACAACAUCAGAAGAGCUAAGAUGGGAAAUGAAAAUGAAAGGUCUUGAGGUUGAAUUGUGGUUAUCGGAAAAUGGCUUGUCUAAGAACAUGAAAGCAAGGAUCAUGGAAAAUAUACUUCGAAAACUUGAAGAAAACAAAAAUGUUCAUGUGGAGAUCCUCUAUGUUCUUCCCCAGGACUAUUUAAGCUAUGUCAAGCGCUGUCUUUGCUUGGCUACGCUGAGGAAAGUUCCGAAGCUUAAAGACAUCGAAGGAUUGGAAGAGUUGAAAGGAAUCUGUGAGCAUUUUAAGCCAGUGAUCUAUGCUAAGGAUAGUUUUAUUAUUCGAGAGGGAGAGCCCCUUGAUAUGAUACUCUUGGUCACGCAAGGGACUGUUCGGAGCUACACAACUAGUAACGGAGGAAAAAAGGAUCACACAACACCUAAGCAUAUUAAGCAAGGUGAUUUCUAUGGAGAAGAAGUGAUAAGUUGGGCAUCAAAAUUUCCCCCCUCCACUGAGUUACCCAUCUCGGAUAAAAAUGUAAGGUCCAUUACAAGAGUUGAAGCAUUUGCUCUCGCGGCCGAGGACUUAAAGAAUGUGGUCCUUAGAUAUUUCUGGUGGCAAUUUACCAAGGGAAUCGAUCUCAACAAUUUGACUGACUCUCAGAUGCUGCAGUUGAAAGAAUUGGCAGUUAUAAACUCGCAAAGAUCAUUUCGUCGCCGCAAGAAAGCGGAGAAGCCUGCAGCCUUGCCAAUGAAAACUCGGUCCGUGUCAGUUGUCCCAAUUCUGUAA